UAAAAAAUAGAACGUCAUAACAACGCGAAUUUACAGUGAAAUUCCAUUUUAUUUUAUUAACAAUGAGAUGAAUAAUAGUACCUAGAAAUAUGCAUUUACUUAUUUGAUAGUAAUAUCAUUCGAAUACCGUAAGACUUUUGAAUGUGUCUCAUAAUUACGAAAUAUGCAACCUUUAAUUUCGCCCAUUGAUCAUGAGUCUCGGCACAACUCUUAUCGGGCUGACGAUGAGCCGCACGUGUCGGAGCAAACGCCUCUACUGCGAUUCCCACGCCCAGACGUCGAACCAGCUACAUCCACCACCACCACUGUUGUGGUGAGCAUGCUGCUUAUCAUCCUCAUAUCUGGAGUCGUCAUUGGUGUUUAUCUGUUGAUAGUGCAAAGUGAUUCAGAAAACAUAUUGCCUCCUGUAGAGACACCAUUGCAGUUGGUGAGCGCUUCACAGUGGAAUUAUAAUGGUAGACCAAUGCUCUCAUCUUCUCCAUUCAAGGCUCACCAGGUGGUUGUGGUACAAACAGACACAGAACCGUGUCACAGUACUGACUCAUGCACACAACUACUGCGGAAUAUGCAGACAUACACGACGGAUGGCAGUUUGCCCUAUAACUUCUUAGUGUCUUCAAACGGUCAAACGUUCGAGGCUCUUGGGUGGUGGCAGCCUUCACAAAUGUUUCCACAACACCCCGGUGCCUUCGUCUUAGCUUUUAUAGGUAAUUUCACCGAUGCUCCACCUACACCGGCUCAAGUAGACGAAGCGAAAAACUUCUUUGCCGAAUCUCUAAGUUUGCAGCAUUUGGAGCCGUCGUACUCUAUCGUUGGUAAAAGUACUAAGUACACACCAAAGUAUCUCUUUAAAAGCUUAAGUUCACUGCCACAAUGGAAUCGUUUUGAGUCAGACAGUUAUUAAUACUUCUCUCGUGUGAGUUGUAAGAUCAAUGACCAAUUUCAUCAACCCUGGUGACUAGGUUAUUACUAAGCCGCAAAAGGCCUCUGACAUGUCUCGUGUAACGACUACAUAAUUUACUUAAAGUAAAUAUUUGUCGGGACCGACUGCAUAACGCGUCCUCCGAAGCACUGACCAUCUGAUUAUUAGAACAAAUGAAUCAGGUAUUAUAUUAUGUACCUAGUCCUAGAUACAAACCUACUACAUGUGGGAUGCAAAGAACUUGCACGUUGCAAACGUGCACCGUAAAUAAUUUUAAAACAAACCGAAGUGAUUUAUAAUGAGAACUGAAAACAUAAAACAAUAUUCAUCAAAGUUAGUUUAAUGUUCCCGCGGCGGUUAGUGAAUGUGCAUUUACGCUUACUAUCAGAACGUGUAUACUUACUGUAGAAAAAAACAUCAGCAGGCCUAGUACGCUAAUGGCGCGAGUAGAGUGAGUAUACGUCAAAGCGCAACUUGUCAAAUUUGACAGACGAGUUACGGUUCUACGUUCACGCAUCGACUUGCGCGCGACGAGUAUGAUAAGUGUGUUACACAAAUGAUUUUAAAAACUAUCAACUUUCUCAUUUAUUAUGAAAAUAAGUAUAUUAGGUAUCUGUUAUUCCUUUUUCAUGGCUCGCCUAUAAGCAAUAGGUAUACAAUAAUAAGAUAUUUCCUUUGGAGCGCGACAUCUUGAAAAAAUCGCAGAUGUCCCGGUAGUCGCGUGCACAAAGGACUUCAUUUUAUCUCGCGUCGCGCUUAUUUAGCAUGCUAGGUCUGCAGUAUGAUGUUAGAUAAACAACUCACGCUUACUCUUACGCUAGGUACUGUCCCAGUACACAGAUAUUCAAAUGUAAAAUAUAAUCAUCACACGUCCCACCGCUGGGCACGGGCCCCCUCAAUCAAGCGGAGGAGGUAUGCAUCAUACUCCACCACACUGCUCAACUGCGGGUUGGUGUGUCGCUUAACGUGCCCUCCAAAUGGAAUAGUCUUAUUUUGCGACAUCGGGACCUUAAGAUUGUGAGUCAAACGCUCUGCUUUAGAGCAAUAAGGCUGUCCAUUUGUACUAUAUUCAUGUGUUGUGUAAAAUUAUACAUAUAUUGAGGUAACAUAGUAAGCACUCUGUGCUUUAGCGAAGUACAUAAUUAUUAUUCACUGAAAAUAUGUGUAUAUAUGUGCGCACUAUGUAUAAAGAGAUGUAAAUAUAAUCGUGAUAUAACGAGCUGUUGUUGAUGUUAGUGUAAAUGAGCAUAAUAAAAUGGAUUAUACUGUUUUUAUAUACUAUUUAAAAGGAUAUCGUGUAAGCAAGUAUUUUUUUAUUUUUGCGUCACAGGAUGUUGAUUUGUUAAAAAUAUGGUUAAAAGAAAUACGGGUGUUAUUGUCAUUGCAACGAAAACUUCGAAUUAAAAAAACACUCAUGAAUUUCGCGACGGAAAAUUCCACUUGAUAUUAACUCAGAAAUAUGAGUUAAAUUAUUCCCCGCAGUAUUCGUUUCGGUUUCACUAGCACCUUGUAUAUUCAAUAGAGCUUGUCGCUAAAUAAUGUUUCUACGAGGUUUAUGUUAUUAUUUUUUACAUUAUUUAAUAUAUCGGCAGUUGUAUUGAUUUCUACAUAUAUGUAUGUAUCAUGUUACUGAGUCUGCGAUUGAAUCUUCUUUUACUGAUGUGAUCGCGUAGUUAAGGAACUUUCUAUUACAAUCCUUUAUAUUCUUCAAGAGGAUUGUAAUUUUAGUUUAUGUAACUGUAUAGGUAAACGCCGUACAUACCUACUUUAAAUUGGAAAGGGUACAGAAUUGGUGACUGGGUUUAUAGAAUACUCAUAGUUUAUUCGAUAAAUUGGCCGUCAGCGUGCGUGCCGUGCGAACCAUCUUAGCCCAGUUGGUAGAACGCUUGCCUCUUACCGCUUGCUCACUUUGAGGUCGCAGGUUCGAAUGCAGCACAAGCCUAAACAAUUAUUGUCGAAUUUGUUUUCAAAUUCAUGUUUGAAUCAUAAAUUAUUAUUACUUGCUUAGCGGUGAAGGAAAAUAUCGUGAGGAAACCCACAUUCCCGAAAAAUAAUUUUCAGAGGUUUGUAGAGGCUAACCUAACCUGUAUUGAGUUGGUUUUCCCUUCGCGGGUUGGAAGGUCAGACAGGUAGUCGCUUCUGAAAAAAAAAAACGGGACCUGUCAAAUCUUCAGGUU